UUCAGAUACUUCCACUUUUUUCAACUUUCACCUGCACUUGAGUUCUCGGGUGUUUAAAUUUUUUCUUCAAUUUGUGUCCAAAGUACGUGAUUAGAAUUAACAAAGAUUUUUAUUUCGAAUAACUUUAUCUAGGUACAAGAAAUUACGUAAGAAUGAAGAUGAAUGAACAUGUUCAGCAAAUUUUACCUUGGACUAUUACUGCAGCUGCUAUUGGUUAUGCAUUGUAUGUAACAUUUGUAGUGGGUAAAAAGAAAAGAGUCAAUACCAAAAUUCAGUUAGAUUCAAAUAAAGUUGUUCAUUCUGUAGACAUUGAAGAUGUUGGGAAAAAGACUGUUUUUUGUCGAUGCUGGAAAUCGGACAAAUUUCCAUACUGCGAUGGAAGCCAUAAUAAUCACAAUACAUGUACUGGUGAUAAUGUUGGACCACUGAUAGUGAAGCAGAAAGAUGCAUAAAUUUGUAUGACAUGCUGAAUUUUGUGUUGCAUUGGAGUAAUAUAAUGAAAAGUUAUUUGUGCGUCCAAGUACUUCAUGUGUCAAAAGAUCUCUUUUGGCUGAAAACAAAACAGAUUUGAUAUACAAUUGUCCUUUAAUUUUGAAUUUAGCAAGUUUUAUUAUUCCUUUUAGCCUUCAAGUUCAUUUAUUUGUAUAUGGAAGCACCAAGACUUACGAUGCAGCUAUGUAAUAUAUAUAUAUAUAUGAAUUAAAUAUUGGUUGAAUUAUA